ACUACACCGUAGAACCUUACCUUGUAACGAUCGUAUCCACUGCCUUCGACGUACUUGUUUGAUCAAGCGUUGAACAAGGGGUAAGAUGAUCCGACCUUUUAGAUAAUGAGUCUCCACUUCACGUGGGUUCUUUGUCACCCCAGGAAAGCGUCUUCGCACCGACUUCGUGAUCCACCAUGGGGAAUGCUGUACCGUAGUCUGUCGGGUUUUCAUAUAAGCCUUACUCGGAGCUGCUGAUUGUUUCUUCGUUGCCCGAAGUCUGACCACGCCGCUUACCCCUAAAGUUUGCAUUAAAAAAAAAGGACAGGCCUAACUGUUCUUUCAAUCUAACAAGUCUGCUUGUUCAUCAGAAAAGCUAGUCUUUUGCCUUAGCGUUACGUGCAGUGGUGAAGUGGCUUGAAACAGACCAUCAAAAUGGCACCCGUCAUCCACCUAGUUCGCCACGCGCAGGGCUACCACAAUCUGAGUCUCGAGAAUCAAUGGAUCCACGACCCCGAUCUAACAGAGUUUGGUAAGCAGCAGUGCGAGGAUCUAUGCAAGGCCUUCCCAUACCACGAUAAGAUUACACACCUUGUCGCCUCGCCGAUCCGCCGGACUAUAUUCACGUGCCAGUUCUCCUUUGCGCCGGCCGUGAAGGCGGGUAAGAAGAUUGUAGCACUCCAGGAUGCGCAAGAGGUUUCGUUGUAUGCAUGUGACAUCGGCAGCGACGUCGAGGUUUUGAAGAAGGAGUUCGGCGACCUCGUUGACUUCUCCUCUGUUACGGACGACUGGAACCAGAAGACGAAGGACUCAAAAUACUAUCCCGAUCCGCGGAAGCUGGAGGCCCGGGCCCGCGAUGCGAGAUUAUGGCUCCGAGAUCUCGUCAAGAAAGCCGGUGAUGACGCACAUGUGGCUUUGGUCACACAUGGCGGGAUCUUGCAUUUCCUUACAGAGGAUUGGUCCGGUAUAGAUCCCGGACGCGGAACUGGUUGGCACAACACUGAGUACCGCUCCUACGAGUUCGCAGAUGAGACCGGAGCAGAUCCAAAUGCGAGUUUGAGGGAGCUUCCGGAGAGUCUUCGUCGCAGAAAGGGAUCCGAAACCCCUUACACUGACGACGAGAAGAGAGAAAUGCGUGCUGCGUACGAAAAGAUCUUGAACCAUGAUAUCAAGGACUGCGUUGAGAAACUCGCCAAGGCGGCGGCCAACGGCGAAACAAAUGGUACUAAUAAAGCCUGAGACUAAAGGAAUAGAGAGAUAGACAGAGGGAUCCUCGGAUUACGCCUCUCCUUGAGGAUAGACAGAUUUAGAGUUAUAGAGGCAUUCAUGAUCUUCGUAAAUAGAGUAAAGACUAAGCACGAAGACUUUGUUUCACUACCGUUUUUGUCAGUCAACAAUCCCCAAAUAAACGAAGGGCCUUUUCCCGCUUUGGAUUGCGCAUGUUCCUCGGCGAAUCUCAAUCUGUUACGGUGAGGAUACAAAGACAGCAUCUUUGACCUUCGUGGUCAAUCAUGCGGAUAUCCGGCCAUCAGCCGUAGUCUACA